AUUAUAAGGGUUAUAAACGGUGUGACCGGGGCGUGAUGGUGUUCUUUGAUGGCGGCGGCGAAGGCGAUCAGAGAACUGGAUCCACGAAGAUGCUCAGAAAUCAUCGAUGAAAUUGUGAGGUUGGAGAAGAAGCUAUUCCCCAAACACGAAUCUUUGGCCAGAAAUUUCCAUGAUGAAUUGCAAAAGACGAACACCGGAUUGCUCUAUAUGAAGUUCAGUGAAGAAGAUGAUGGAGAAAUUGUUGGUUAUGUUAUGUACUCUUGGAUCUCUUCUUUGUGUGCUUCAAUCACCAAACUCGCCGUAAAAGAGAAUUACAGACGACAGGGAUACGGAGAAGCUUUACUGAAAGCUGCUAUUCAGAAAUGUCGAACCCGGAGAAUUCAACGUGUUUGCCUUCAUGUCGAUCCAACCAGAACUCCCGCUGUGAGUCUUUAUCAGAAACUCGGUUUCCAAAUCGAUGAACUGGUUAAAUCUUAUUAUUCUUCAGAUAGGAAUGCUUUCAGAAUGUAUGUGGAUUUCACUGAUGACAGUUAAAUUAGUUACUACACUGUGUGAUAAACCAAAACCAGAUUGAGUAAUCUUUUUUAUUCAAUCAAGGUCAUUGAAACAGUUAUAUUUUUCAUAUUACUGUUAUCAAA